AUGUGGGGCUGGGUCCAGAGGGUGCUGCCUCAGCCCCCAGGGACCCCUCAGAAGACCAGGAUGGAGGAGGAGGAGGAGGGGGCAGGACCAGAGCCAGAGCCCGACCUGGAGGCGGAGCUGGAACCAGCGCCAGAGCCUGACCCAGCCCCCCAGGAGGCCAAGCCAGAAGGCGCGUCGCUGCCACCCGAGGAGCCACUGGAAGGGGAGGAAGGAGCUGUGGCUGCCCCGGGCCCUCAGGAGACCCAGAAAGCUGUCUCUACUCCGCCCUCCUCCCUCCAGGGCCGGGUGGCUGUGGACCCCGGAGUGAACAGCCCCAGCGCCUGGGUGCUGACCUGGCUGAGGAAGGGCGCGGUGAAGGUCAUCCCGCAGCCCGUCCAUAGCACUGUGGCCGGCUUCGAGGGCCCUGAUCAGGCAGGAGCUCAGAUCCUUGGGCAUUGCAGCACUGGGGCCUCAGAUGGAUCCAACGAGGCCUCCAGGGCAAAGGACACUGGGCCGGUGCCCUGGCUGCUCAGGUGGUUUGAGCAGAACCUGGAGAAAGUGCUGCCUCAGCCUCCGAAAACCUCCGAGGGCUGCAGAGACGAGCCUGCAGACGCUGCCUUGGGCCCAGAGCCCCCAGGGUGCCCCUUGGAAACGGAGCUCGUGCUGCAGCCCCCAGAGGGUCCCCCCCUGCCCACUCCUGGCCCCCCAGAGCCCCAGCAGGAGCCUGGGGAGGAGCCUGAGGAGGAGCCCGAGGAGGAGGCCACUCCAGAGCCCCAGCCCGGCUUCCAGGCUUCCUCCCUGCCACCCCCCGGGGACACUGCCAGGUUGGUGGCGUGGCUCCUGCAUAGGCUGCAGAUGGCCCUGCCGCAGCCCGUGCCCCGUGCGAAGGCUGGGGAGCAGGAGCCUGACUCCCCUGGGCCGUGUGACGUGCAGACCAUCAGCAUCCUCCCUGGAGGGCCAGAGGAGCCCGAAGAUCUCAUCCUAGAAGAGGUCGACCCUCACUGGGAGGAGGACCUGCCUCAGGACGGCAGCACCGGCCCGCAGGGCGCAGAGGCGGUGGCGUUGGCUUACGCGGAGGAGAAUGAGGCCGGGGCAGAGAUGUCCAGGGAGUUUCCCUGGAUUCCAGAGGACAAAGAAGAUGAGGAGGAUGGGGAGGAAGAGGAAGAUGAGGAGGAGGAGGAGGAGCCUGAUGUCCUGCUGGAUAGCUGUCUGGUGGCCGAGGCUGGCGAGGACCCGGGCGGAGUAGACAGGACGGUCACCCAGAGGGCCUCCUGCCAGUCCCCAGGGUCCCGCCUCUGCCUGAGACCCCCUGGCCCCAGCACCAUGGCUACCCCAGGCCGGGACAUGGAGCUGAAUGGCCGGGUCCAGGACCAGCCGCCUGGCCAGGUGGCCCCCAGGCUUGCCCCCCUAAACCCGGCGGAGCACCUCCCCAAUGUGCCCAGCUACUGCCCCCCAAUCACCCGCAUUCCCGUCCUCAUCUCCCGGAGGACGGCCUUGUCCAACUCCAGCUUCGCCAAGGAGACCAGGAGCUCCGUCCGUCGCCUAGUGCCUGCCACGAAAGAGCACCCGGAAGUGCAGGUGGAAGACACUGAUGCUGACAGCCACCCCCCCAUCGCGGAGGACAAGCCACCCUCACCCGAGCGGCUGCCACCUUCUCCUGCCAAGUCCGACACCCUCACGGUCCCGGGAUCGGCCGCGGGGACCCGCAGGAAGAGGCUGCCCUCCCAGGAUGAUGAAGCGGAAGAGAUCCAGGAGCUGCCACCAGCCGAGACCCCCGUGGUCACCUGGUCCGACCCCCCCACCCCGCAGGGCACCGACGACCAGGACCGGGCGUCCUCCACCGCCAGCCAGAACAGCGCCAUCAUCAACGAGCGGCUGCAGGAGCUGGUGAAGCUCUUCAAGGAGCGGACGGAGAAGGUGAAGGAGAAGCUCAUUGACCCGGACGUCACCUCCGAUGAGGAGAGCCCCAAGCCCUCUCCGGCCAAGCAAGCCCCGGAGCCGGCCACGGGCACGAUGCCCGCCACGAACACGACGCCCGCCGGGGAGGCGCAGGCGGAGGAGGAGCACUACUGUGACAUGCUCUGCUGCAAGUUCAAGCGCCGGCCCUGGCGGAAGUACGAGUUCCCCCGGAGCAUCGACCCGCUGACCAACCUGAUGUACAUCCUGUGGCUGUUCUUCGUGGUGCUGGCCUGGAACUGGAACUGCUGGCUGAUCCCUGUGCGCUGGGCCUUCCCCUACCAGACGCCAGGCAACCUCCACUUCUGGCUGCUGAUGGAUUACCUGUGCGACCUCAUCUACUUCCUGGACAUCACCGUGUUCCAGAUACGCCUGCAGUUUGUCAGGGGAGGGGACAUCAUUACAGACAAAAAGGAGAUGCGCAAUAACUACCUGAAGUCUCCCCGCUUUAAGAUGGACCUGCUCUGCCUGCUGCCCUUGGACUUGCUCUACCUGAAGUUCGGCGUGAACCCCCUCCUGCGGCUGCCCCGCUGUCUGAAGUACAUGGCCUUCUUCGAGUUCAACAACCGCCUGGAAUCCAUCCUCAGCAAAGCCUACGUUUACAGGGUUAUCAGGACCACCGCCUACUUGCUCUACAGCUUGCACUUGAACUCGUGCCUGUAUUACUGGGCAUCGGCCUAUCAGGGCAUUGGCUCCACCCACUGGGUGUACGAUGGCGUGGGAAACAGUUACAUUCGCUGCUACUACUGGGCUGUGAAGACCCUCAUCACCAUCGGCGGGCUGCCCGACCCCAAGACGCUGUUUGAAAUCGUCUUCCAGCUGCUGAACUAUUUCACGGGCGUCUUCGCCUUCUCCGUGAUGAUCGGACAGAUGCGAGAUGUGGUGGGGGCCGCCACGGCGGGGCAGACCUACUACCGCAGCUGCAUGGACAGCACCGUGAAGUACAUGAACUUCUACAAGAUCCCCAGGUCCGUGCAGAACCGUGUCAAGACCUGGUACGAGUACACCUGGCACUCCCAAGGCAUGCUGGAUGAGUCGGAGCUGAUGGUGCAGCUUCCAGACAAGAUGCGGCUGGACCUGGCCAUCGACGUGAACUACGACAUCGUCAGCAAAGUGGCGCUUUUCCAGGGCUGUGACCGGCAGAUGAUCUUUGACAUGCUCAAGCGGCUGCGCUCUGUCGUCUACCUGCCCAAUGACUACGUGUGCAAGAAGGGGGAGAUAGGGCGCGAGAUGUACAUCAUCCAGGCGGGGCAGGUGCAGGUCUUGGGCGGCCCUGAUGGGAAGUCCGUGCUGGUGACGCUGAGAGCUGGAUCCGUCUUCGGAGAAAUAAGCCUGCUGGCCGUCGGAGGCGGGAAUCGGCGCACGGCCAACGUGGUGGCCCACGGGUUCACCAACCUCUUCAUUCUGGACAAGAAGGACCUGAAUGAAAUUCUGGUGCACUACCCCGAGUCCCAGAAGUUACUCCGGAAGAAGGCCAGGCGCAUGCUGAAGAGUAACAGCAAGCCCAAGGAGAAGAGCGUGCUCAUCCUUCCUCCCCGGGCCGGCACCCCCAAGCUCUUCAAUGCCGCCCUGGCCGCAGCGGGAAAGAUGGGCGCCAGGGGGGCAAAAGGCGGCCAGCUGGCCCACCUCAGGGCUCGGCUCAAAGAGCUGGCUGCGCUGGAGGCGGCUGCCAAACAGCAGCAGCUGCUGGAACAGGCCAAGAGCUCGGAAGACGCCGCGGGAGAGGUGGGCUCUGCCACCCCCGACCAGCCUGUACCCCAGGAACCCCCCGCCCCAGCCUCUCAGCCACUUGCCUCGCAAGGGGGCGCUGAGAAGGAGGCAGCUGGUCCUGAGGAGGAACACUCGGUGCGGAUCCGCGUGAGCCCGGGCCUGGACCCUGGUGAACAGAUCCUGUCGGUGGAGAUCCCAGAGGAGAUCCUGGAGGAGAAGAAAGAGGUGGAGUGA